UAUAAAGGGGAGCUGAAUCAUCAUCCAUUUUGAAGCUAACUUGUUGGUAUUCGCUAUUGGAUUAGCACUGAUUUCUUGACAUAUUUGUGGAUCGAUUCCGACCUAAUUUUCAGAAAAAUGGGUGGUUGUGCUGCACCAAAUUGUUCGAAUCAGUCUAAAAAUAACUUUAGGAUGUUUCGUUUCCCUAGAAAUGAAGAAAGACGAAGAAAAUGGAUAGUUAAUUCUCGUCGAGAUCAAUGGAUCCCGGGCCCAGGAGCGUAUCUUUGUGAGGUACAUUUUGAAGAAAAUCAAUUUGAAUGCUCUAGGCAAGAUGGGCGUAAAAAACUCAAGCCCAAUGCUGUGCCAACUCUUUUCAAUGUGCCUAAUCCCCCACAACUGUUGACCCCACAGCGUCUAAAAGGCAUUGGUUUACCAAAGCACCGUUCAGUUACAUCCAAUUUUUGUAAUGGUGGCUUGCUGCACAGUUUACCUUUAUCAACUGAAGCGAUUUCUGUUGCUGAACCAUCUGUUGUUCAUUUGCCACAACCUUCAGCUUCAUAUUUUGGAGAAAUAAAUUUUGCUGCCGAAGUAUCUGAUGUUUGUUUGCAAGAACAAGCUUCAACUUCAUCUUGUGAUAAAAUGCCAUCUAUUUGUGAAGGAUCUCAUGUUUGUUUGCAAGAACAGCCUUUAGCCUCAUUUUGCAAUGAAAUACCAUCUAUUUGUGAAGGCUCUGAUGAUGUUCUUUUAAGGAAUUUUAUAAAACAGCAGACUGAAUUGAUCUCGCUUCUGCAAUGCCAGAACAAAUAUUACUGAAAGAACUUACAGCAA